AUGUGUCCGCAAGGGAAUGGCGGAAAACCAAACACUAGCGACACUUUGUCAAUUUACACCUCAUCAUCCUUGAUCACCCUCUUGGUAACAGCAACCGUUCUUGACGACAAUUCGACCUAUAACCAAGCUGCUCUUUCGAUGGAUGAUAAACCCAAGCAUCGCCGGCCCCGAGCGGCAAAAGGGAAAGUUAUCGACUCGAUCGACACCGGCAACGUCGUGAACUCGGGUACCAAAAGGCGAAGAGCAUCAGCUCACGAACCCUCCAGCACCGCGAAGAAAGCCCGCAAGAGGAAACCCUUACCACGGGGUAAGGAUGCUGAAAAUGUUAGCCCGUCAUUCUACAGGACACCCAGCAGUCAGCGCAUGGUCUCUCAUGCCAGCGUGGUAAACCAAGGGAGCGUGGCAUAUGCUACGGACGUGGAAGCACAAAUUGCGGCUGAAGCUCGUGGGGUAACGAGGAAGGAUAUCCCGUGGGACACAUUCCGUUCGACAUAUCUUUCUGAUUUCGGUGCAAAACCUCAACAGGAGCUGGCUGUCAACUCCGUGCGGAAGGUUGGCGAAGGUAGUUGGGAAAAGCAACUGUUCUGGAGUCGACUACGCCAGUUGCUUUCCGACGAGGCUCUUUGUGACCUCAAGCUAUUUUAUGGCGGUACUCAGACUCUACCUGAUACUAACAAGGGUAAGGAGGUGCCUUCUAAAUCCGACUUCGUCCUCUACGUCGGUGAAGACUCUCCUACAUGGGCGAAUGUGGAUCUUUUGUUCGAACAUACGCGAAGCCAAGAAGCAGUCACCAAGAAAUUCUCGCAGUGGCUGCGCGGUGCCUGGUGUGUUUUUCCCUGCUGGCCUGAAAUAUAG